AUGUUUUCAACUUCACUCGCAUACUGGCUUCUGCUGGCAAUCUCAUCCGCCUCAAUCACCGACGGGCGGCAUCAUCAUUCAUCCUGCCACGGUAAGGUCAAAGUGAGGAAAGAAUGGGGUUCGCUCACCAAGACCGAGAAGCUGUCCUACAUCUCUGCCGUCAAAUGCAUGCAAACCCUUCCACCAGAGACCAAUACGACUGUUGUUCCAGGCGCACGCAGUCGCCAUGAUGACUUCAUUGCACUCCACAUCAAUAUGACCCGCUCUGUCCAUCUUGACGGGAUCUUCCUUUCCUGGCACCGUAACUACGUACACCUCUGGGAAACAGCCUUGGAGGAAGAAUGCGGCUAUCCAUAUGGCCAGCCUUACUGGAAUUGGGCGCUGUGGUGCGAUGAUCUGGCUCAUAGUCCUCUGUUCGAUGGCAGCGAGACAAGCUUGAGCGGCGACGGAGCUCACAAUCCAGAUCAGGGCAACUACACAGUCGGCAAUGGAGGCUCGCUGCCGCAUGCAAAUGGAGGAGGCUGCGUGACGAGUGGGCCAUUCGUAAACCAGACCAUCUCGUUUGGACCAUUCGACUUUGCGCUCGCUUUCACCGGCCUGCCUUCGAACUGGACAACGUACACGCCUCAUUGUCUAGUCAGAGAUCUGAACAACUACGUGGCGACGAGGUACGGAAAUCAGACCGCGAUCGACGUGGUGAUGAAUACCACCAACGUUGAAGAUUUCCAGAAUACGAUGUCUGGUGCUGAUAUCAAUCUCGGUCCUCACGGUGGCGGCCACUUCUCGAUCGGGUACUCGUUGCUCGAUUUCUUCGCCAGUCCGGCGGAUCCGGCGUUUUUCUUGCAUCAUGGGAUGAUUGACAGGUUAUGGAUGAUGUGGCAGGUGGUUGAUGAGAAGCGAGUGUGGGAGUUGAGUGGAACGAGUACGAUUUUCAAUGGGAAUGAUACUCCGGAGGUGACGCUGGAGACAAUGCAGACUUGGGGUGUUCUGGGGAAAGACAGAAAGACGAAAGAGCUUCUGAGAGUGGGCCAUGAGGGCUUUUGCUACGAGUACAUGUAG